AGCGUGGAAGUAAAAAAAAUAGAAGAAAUUUCUCCACCUACUUCCUCGCGAACGACCGUUUCACGCGGGCUCGACUGGGCGUUGCCAUUCUAUCCACCGUGCAUUGCCGUCUCAGUUCGCCGGGCAUUCGCCGAUCGUUUGUCGGAGCUAAGCCGCAGCCGCGAACCAUCCCGCGCACUAGCCCUUUGAACUGCAAGCUGAGAAGCGGGUCGUUCGCUUCCUUGUCACGCGAGUCGUUCGUUUCUGUUGGUCCAAGCCGCACGAAGAAGCCCAGCCGAAGCUUCCUCCUCGCCGUUCUGUUUUUGGGCCACGUCCCAUCGAUGAGCCGCGCCGCACCUAGCCUCCGUCCGUCCGGUCGCCGCUCUUCCACCCAGCCACUACGCCGCCUUCAGUCGCCAGUUUUUGGGCUGGAAAUCAAUGGGAGGCCAUCGAAGCGACCACUCUUGGACUUUGAGAAUUUAUCAAUUUCAGAAACACUCCAUAAAGAGGAAUUAAAGACCAAGAAGAUAUUUGUACAGCAUGUGGAGACAUUAAGAAGCUCUGAUGCCACUGUUGCAAUUGUGCAGUCUUUUGUGGUCAGCACUCUAGUCAGUUAUUAAUCUUCUUCUUCAAUAUUUUAACUCUCUUCUACAUCAGUAACCAUUUUCCCUUAGGCACCUGAUGCUGCUUCCACCAUUGCAAAUAACCUAAAGAAUGAGGAGGCAGAAGAAAUUUUAAGAGAGAGAUUGUAGGGUGUCCUAUCUAUUUGUUUGUUUGGUUCUUAGUUUGUGCGAUACUUAUUUGGUAUUUUCUCUCGCCUUAACUAGUAUUAUGCAGUCGAGACAAGAUCAGUUGUUGGUUAAAGCUAGACAAGAACAAGAGUUAUGUGAUAUAUGAAGACAUUCCUUUAAUGCUCUUAAAAAGAUGAAUAUUAGCAUUGUUUGAUCUGAAGAUUUUUGGUCAAAUAAGAUUAUGAACCCACUUGCACUUAUAGAUGGCAUUCUAUAGUAUGAUUAACUUGUUUUCAUAUAUGGAACUUUUAAUUUAUUUUGGUGAGGUAUCAUGGUUUCCUUGUGCUACUGCUUUCUCCUUUUAUCAGCUUGCGGCAAAAAAACGCUAGAUUUGAGCAUAUGGAGAAGUAGGAAAGGGGUUAAAGAUGAAAAAGAUGACCAUUUACAUGAUGUAUAUCAUAUCUAUGAUAUUAUUCGUCUUGAUACAAAUGAAAUAUCGAGUGAAGCCCCAAAGCAGGAACAAAUAUCUCUGGAGGAUCAGAGUAUGUUAUCAAGUUACCUGCCGUUACUAAGGGAGUUUAUUCCAAGUGCGGCUGCCGAAAUUGAAUAAGAUAUAGAUGCAAACAUGAUGAAACAAAAUUUGCCUGUAGAUGAUUAUGUAUGUGACUACUAUACUGUGAAGAAUGAUAUGGAGAUUGCUGAAGACGAUGCCUCUUAUCCAUUUCCUUUGAAACAAGUUGAUGAAUUGGAUCAUGAUAGGCCUAGUGACUCCGAUUAUGAAACUGAUGAUUCAAAUGCUGAAAACAAUCCGUGCUUCGAUUACCCGGAUGAGGAAGAGUUGGAGAGUGAAUCUUCAAAUGAGAUGAUGAGAAGCAGUCCUCAGAAAGUAAUGAUGUAGAAGAGGAUGAGUUAUCGGAGGAGGAAAAAGUUGAAUUAUAUGAGGAUGACAUAAAUGAUGAUUUUGAUGAAGAUGAUGGUGGUGAUAGCUUUGAUUAUGAUAGUAAUGGUGGUCAUGAUGAAGGUGAAGAUAGGAGAUGGUCCUAUCGUUGAAUUUUUCACUAGAGAUAGAACAAGCUUUUCAUCCUUAGGGAAUAUAUAUCUUUUUUAAUUAGGGUUUUUAGCGAUUUGCUUAUUAUGGGAGGAAUGCUUGCUAUGAUUAGGGAUGUAUAUAAUGUGGAAGAUUUAGGGUCUUUUUGGCUUGAUUAGGGAAAAAAGCGACUUUUAUUUUCUUUUUUUACAUGAAGGGUUUAGAUUGAACCUCAAAA